AUGUCAACUACAUCAGAAGAUAAUUUAACAGAAAUAAUAAAUCAGAAAAAUGGUGUUAUUGAAGAUAAUAUCAGAGAUGAGAUGAUAUUAUAUGAGGAUUCCAAUGAAUGGGCAGAAAGAGGAUAUAUUAUCCGGAAAUCAAUUCCCGUUUUAUUGGCAUAUCUAUUAUUAUAUGCAUUACAAGUGAUUAGUGUAAUAUCACUAGGUCACUUG